ACAAGCAACUCAUAAUUCAGUAGGUCCUCCAACUUGGUAGAUAACAAUAAGCUCUUUCUUGGAAACUUCCUUUUUUUUCUUAGCCUAUCUGGGCAAUUUUUGCAUAUCUAGGCAUGCCACCAUCACUAUUAUUUCUUUAAAAAAUCAACAACCCAAACAGUUACAAAUCACAUCAAUAUGCUUUUUUAUGCAUUCUUCAAAGUAUCCUUUCAAACAUAAAGAGCUAUUUACCUUCUAUUUCCCCUCCUAAGUGAAUGAAACAGUUUCUGUUUAAAGUUCAAGAUGGUAAAACUUGUAAAGAGUUGCCUGCGAUUAUCCCUCAAGAUCACAAACAUAACAAUAGGAUUUAUGGGCAUUGCAAUGCUUAUUUAUGGUAUAUGGAUGAUUAGAGUUUGGCAGCGCGAUGCAGCCAACUCACCUUCAUCCCCUGAUUAUGCUCAAUUUCCUUGGUUUAUCCAUGCAUUUCUUGGUGUUGGCACUGCUUUGUGUGCAAUCACUUUCCUUGGUCAUGUUGCAGCAAACUCUUCCAACUCCUAUUGCCUCUCAUUAUAUAUGUUCAUCAUAUUUGUGCUUCUUUUAGCAGAGAUUGCAAUUACAGCUGAUGUUUUCUUGAACUCUGACUGGGAGAAGGAUUUACCAGAAGAUCCAUCAGGAAGGUUUGAUGAUUUCAAGGAUUUUGUGGACUCGAAUAGCGAUAUCUGCCAAUGGAUUGCCCUGCUCUGUGUUCUAACACAGGGGUGUUGUAUCUUAUUGGCUACAAUUCUAAGAACUCUUGGGCAAGUUAAGGAAAAUAGUCAUGAGUAUGAAGGCGAAUAUGCAGAACCAUCAGCUCCACUUCUUCGCCCUCCGGAACUGCCACCAAAUCCUCUGUAUCCAUAUGUUAUUGGUGAACCAGUUCAUAUUGAACCACAUUCUGUCUACAAGAAUGUUUGAGUUUUGGAAGACAAAAGUUUUUGCAGAAAGCUGAAGUGAAUGAAGUUUUCCUUUAAGGAAAGAAAAAGGUUGUUGUGGCAGCAUUAAGUAAGCACAACUGAAAUAUUGAACUUGAAGUUUGGUGAUUGGGAUUUGGGACCAAGGAUAUACUGCUUAGGCAGUAUUGGUUAUGCUAUGUAGCUUCUCCAAUUGCUUAAGAAUGAGUUUUUAUUCAGAAACAGAUGAGACCAUAUUUGUAUAUUUAAAAUAGUAGUAUUGUUUUGCAACUUUUAUGUUUUAAGUGGUAUCACAGUGAAUUAUAUAUGUUGGAUAUGUAUGUUACUGUCAAAGUAAAUUAUUGAA